AGUAAAAAUAAUUUUUUAAAUAUGGAUGUGGCUGAUGCGCAAAUUGGUCAAUUGCGUGCUAAAGAUGAAGUGGGAAUACGUUGUCAAAAAUUAUUUCAAGACUUUUUGGAAGAAUUCAAAGAAGAAGGAGAAAUAAAAUAUAUAAAACCCGCUGCAGAUUUGGAGCUGCCCGAUCGUUGCACUUUAGAAGUCAGCUUUGAUGAUGUAGAAAAAUAUAAUCAAAACUUAGCUACAACUAUAAUAGAGGAAUAUUAUCGGAUUUACCCCUAUCUUUGUCAGUCAGUUUUAAAUUUUAUCAAAGAUCGUAUUGGUUUGAAAGCAGACAAAGAGUGCUACGUGUCCUUUACGGAAGUGCCUACACGCCAUAAAGUGCGCGAUUUAAUCACUUCCAAGAUAGGUACCCUAAUUCGCAUUUCUGGGCAAGUUGUACGUACACAUCCGGUACAUCCGGAAUUAGUUUUGGGUACUUUUAUGUGUUUGGAUUGUCAAACGGAAAUACGCAAUGUAGAACAACAAUUCAAAUUUACAAAUCCCUCUAUUUGCCGUAAUCCGGUGUGUUCUAAUCGCCGACGUUUCAUGUUAGAUGUUGAAAAAAGUCUCUUCGUUGAUUUUCAAAAAGUGCGUAUUCAAGAGACGCAAUCUGAAUUACCACGCGGUUGUAUUCCGCGUUCUGUGGAGAUAAUCUUACGUUCUGAGAUUGUGGAGACUGUUCAGGCAGGUGACCGUUAUGAUUUCACGGGUACUUUAAUUGUAGUGCCUGAUGUUGGUGUUCUCAAUAUGCCAGGAGCAAAGGCAGAUUACGGGUCCCGUCAUAAGCCUGGGGAAGCACCAGAAGGUUUAACUGGGCUUAAGGCUUUAGGUAUGCGUGAGCUUAACUACCGUAUGGCUUUUCUCGCUUGUAGCGUUCAAGCCACCACAGCCCGUUUCGGGGGCAUGACUCUGCCUAUGUCAGAAGUAACAGCUGAAGAUAUGAAGAAACAAAUGACAGACGCUGAGUGGAAUAAAGUUUAUGAAAUGUCCAAAGAUCGCAACCUUUACUACAAUCUUAUUAAUUGUUUGUUUCCUUCAAUUUAUGGAAAUGAUGAAGUGAAAAGAGGCAUAUUAUUGCAACUUUUUGGUGGCGUUGCUAAAACUACCCACGAAAGAACUUCCCUUCGCGGUGAUAUAAACGUUUGCAUAGUUGGCGAUCCUAGCACUGCUAAGUCUCAAUUUCUUAAACAAGUGGCAGACUUUUCACCUCGAGCUGUCUACACGUCAGGUAAAGCUUCUUCUGCUGCUGGGUUAACGGCGGCGGUAGUACGAGAUGAAGAAAGUUUUGAUUUUGUUAUUGAAGCAGGUGCUCUGAUGUUAGCGGACAACGGCAUAUGUUGUAUUGAUGAAUUCGAUAAAAUGGACCCUCGUGACCAGGUAGCUAUUCAUGAAGCUAUGGAACAGCAGACUAUCUCUUUAGCUAAAGCAGGGGUCAGAGCAACACUAAACGCGCGUACUUCAAUAUUGGCAGCCGCUAAUCCAAUUAAUGGACGUUACGAUCGCUCCAAAAGCUUACAACAAAACAUACAACUUUCAGCUCCCAUUAUGUCGCGUUUCGACUUGUUUUUCGUACUUGUAGAUGAGUGUAACGAAGUGGUGGAUUAUGCUAUAGCUCGUAAAAUAGUUGACCUACAUUCUAACAUAGAAGACGCUAUGGAAAGAAUUUAUUCGCGAGAAGAAGUUUUACGCUAUGUAACAUUCGCUCGUCAGUUCAAACCUUUUAUAAGUCCAGAAGCAUCGAAGCUCUUGGUGGAAAAUUAUGGGCAUUUAAGACAGCGUGACACUGGAACUGCCGGUCGCAGCACUUGGCGCAUUACCGUGCGCCAGUUAGAAUCCAUGAUACGUUUAAGUGAAGCUAUGGCCAAAUUAGAAUGCAUGAACGAGGUGCAGGAACGUCAUGUUAGAGAAGCUUUUCGUUUACUAAACAAAUCUAUAAUACGAAUCGAACAACCGGAUAUUCAUUUGGAGGAGGAGGAAGAAGAAACAUUUGCGGGCGAUAUAGAAAUGAGAGAAAUUAAUGGAGAGAAUAAUCAAGAAAAUUUCGAUUUUAAUCAUCAAGAGCAAAGCGGACUAAAAAAAAAGUUGACUUUGUCUUUCGAAGAUUACAAAAACCUUUCGACAAUGUUAGUACUACAAAUGCGUAAUGAAGAAGCCCGGUGUGAAACCGAGGGCAGUGAUACUGGCAUGAAACGCAGUGAUGUUAUCACAUGGUAUUUGGAACAAGUAGCUGAUCAAAUUGAAUCGGAAGAUGAAUUAAUAUCGCGUAAAACGCUUAUUGAAAAAGUAUUGGAUCGAUUAAUCUAUCAUGACCAGUUAAUAAUACCUUUGAAGACCACUGAACUAAGACAACCGGGAAGAAGUCCUAGAUCUACUGAAGAGGAAGAAGAAGAUGAUCCUUUGUUGGUGGUUCAUCCUAACUACAUAAUUGAAUAAUCGCAAAUACUAUAAAAAAAUAAAUAUGCUUGUUAACAUUUUGUAAAACCUCCAAAGCAUUUGUUUGCAAUAUCAACGACCUCUAAGCA